AUGCCCGAGCCCAAGCCGCGGGACUAUGUCACCUUCGACUCGCGGCAGAACAGCGCGCACCAGCGCACCGAGACUGCAGAAGACGGCCGCCCGCACCAUAGCCGCAGCAGUGGCAGCUGGGACCUGCUCGGCGGCAUCAGGCAUUCAUAUGUUGACUACGAUCCGCGCCGUGCAAGCCAGGCGCAUCUCGCCUUUGCGGAGGGCGACAUCCCGAAUAACGCGUUCGCAAAAGUGUACAACUAUCUCUUGGACGUCUCGAUCAUCACACGGUGGAUCAUCUUCAUUAUUCCCGUGCUUGGUUUAUUGUGGAUCCCGGGAAUCCUGGGAUUCACCGCAUAUCCCGAUACUACGAUAUGGGGUGUUAAGCUCGUGUGGUGGAGUAUCUGGCUCACCGUUGUCUGGUGCGGAUGGUGGGGAGCGCUUGCGUCUUCAAUGGUUCUACCCCACAUCGCUCGUCACACAGUCGGCGUUGUGUCUGUGUGGUCCCGCAAGUACAUCGAUUGGCUCCAGGCAUUGCAUAGGUACAUCGCAUUCUUCGGUUGGACGCUCGCAAUUUGGAUAUCGUUUCAGCCGCUCGUCAACACGCGGCGUGUACCUGACACUUCUUCUGGAGAUGCCGAAGCGCUUUCUACCUUGGCUAAGCUUCUUUUUGCGCUUUUCGAGUGUGCUCUUAUCCUGCUUGCGGAGAAGCUAUGCAUACAGUGGAUCGCAACACAGUUCCAUCAGCGGUCCUACGCUGAGCGUGUUGCAAAUCAGAAGUUCGCUAUUCGGAUGCUCGUUAGUCUCUACCGCCGCUCAAGUGACAUUCCAUGGCGAUCAGAUACGUUGCGUGAGGGACAUGUCGAGGUGAAAAGGCCGAGGCGACUUCUGAAAAAGGCGCUACAUGGCGUCAAGUUUGCGGCCACGACGACUACCACGGCUCUUGGUAAUGUCGCGUCGGAGAUGAUGGGAACGUCGGUGCUGCAACCGAACUCCCCUCCGGCAAUGGUCAAGACGGCAAUUGAGUCGCCGAAUAAGUCCCGAAUGCUCGCCCGGCGACUGUUCUACUCGUUCGUGAAACCUGGUGCGAAUGCGCUGACGGUGGACGAUAUCAUGCCAUUCUUUCCCACGCCCGAGGACGCGGAAGCGGCAUUUAUCCUGUUCGACAAGGACAUGAACGGCGAUGUGACGCGCGAUGAGAUCGAGAUCGCUUGCAUGGAGGUGCACCGCGAGCAGCUCUCGAUCGAGCACUCGAUGCGUGAUCUUGACAGUGCGGUCGGACGGCUGGAUAACAUUUUUAUGACGAUCUACUUCUUUGUCGUUUUGCUGAUAUUCGCGGUCGCGCUGGAAGCACAACUGCUCACUCUCGUUACGAGCGCAGGGACCUUCGUGCUAGGCCUUAGUUGGCUGAUUGGUACAAGCCUCGGCGAGGUGCUCACGAGCAUCAUCUUCCUCUUCGUGAAGCACCCGUACGAUGUUGGGGACCGACUCUCAAUUGACCAACUGGACUAUACCGUGAAGGAGAUUCGUCUCUUGAGCACAGUCUUCCUGGACUCGAACGCGUGCUCAGUGCAGGCACCGCAUUCGCUGUUGAACACGAAGUUCAUACAAAAUAUGCGACGCAGCCCGCAGAUGUCCGAGACGUUUACGUUCGACGUGAACUUUGGAACCACCUUCGAACAGAUCGAGCAGUUGCGCGAGCUCAUGCUCACGUUCCUAAAGACGGAGAGACGCGACUUCCAGCCUAUCUUCGACGUGUCAAUUCUUGAUAUCCCUGCGCAGGAGAAGAUGAUGCUUACCGCGGACAUCCGCUACAAGGGAAACUGGCAGCAGGGCACGCUCAAAACUACGCGCAGGAAUAAGUGGAUUAGCGCGCUGAAAACCGCAAUGCAGAAGGCAAAGGUAUUCGGACCCGCCGGCGACCCGGGCGCGAUCCCCGCGCCCGACAGGUUGACGCUUGUGCCCUGGGAGCAAAUCGAGGCGGCGGAUAAGAAAAAGCUGCAGAAGGAAGAGCAGGAGAAGAAGCGCGGUGGUGUGCGGGAGAUGUCGGCGCCCACGGCCGACUGGAACCUGACUGACAAACAGGCCAUCAUGAUGGAUGAUACGCAAGAUGUGUUUGGCGAGGCGAAUUCCGUGACGUCAUUCUCGACGGACCCCAGCAGACCGGUGACUAGGCCGCCGUCGGUCGAGGGAGGGGCGCGCCGUCGAUAUCCGUCUGGACCCACACAGCCUGUGCCUAUGACAUCGGUCACGACGCACUCGCCACUAGUGCGGCAGACACAGGGCGACGAAGAGAUUGAGAUGAGAACAUCGCCCAGACGAAGCCCUGGUUCCCCGGCUGCGGAGCAGGAAUGAAGGGGAAGGCGACAGAGUGUGAUUUAAAUAAAUGUACGAAGCUGUACGAAGUAGUUGCAAGGGACCCUUGAAUGCUGCGCUUGUAAAUCAAGACCACCGGCGUGUUGCCGAUGCUGGCAUACCGUCAGGGUGAUUUCAGAGGACCUUAAAUUCGGUGCCUCAGCGUCGUGGCUGGGACAUGUAUCGUUACUCGGGCAAUGCUGCUUGGAUAUAGAUCUUGAUCACGCAUAACUAACAGCUGGUCUGCUAAAUCAACUACUUGUUCAGCU